GCGACUCCAUGUUCGCACGGUACAAGUCUUCGGUCGGUCGCUCGGGAGUUUGAAGCUGAAUAGUACAGUCAUUUCCUCGAUUAAUUCGCACUCGGACGAACGUAAAUGUUGAAUUUUCCAGCAAUGCUGGCAUGGCCAGUUGUAUUUUGAGACUGAAAAUGGUGCCAGAAAGUGCAGUGAAUCAAAAACAAAAACAUGAUUGAUGUGAAAAUUUAUCCUGAAGUUGAAAUGGAGCAGAAACCAAAGGUGAACAUAAAUUAUGGUAAUCUGAUACAACAGUGUUGCCUGAUAUGUGAUUGGUGGAAAAGGUCCGACAAAUAAAAUAGAAAUUUGUGCCGAGUAUUAAAUUAUGCAGUUUUGCCGUCUGUUUGUUCCGGAACAUGCGCGGGUGGUAAUGCCUUGCAGCUCUGCUGAUUGAGAACGAAGGAUCAUUACGACAGUGUGCUUUAGUUAUACAGUGGCAGAAAAGAACAUCACCGUAGCAAAGUAAUGGACCAGCUUGUCGCACUGGAUAUAUUUUCCAGAGCCUUGACGAAUCAGAAGAAGUUGCAACUGUGGCUGAGGAACGGUGAAGAGACGACGGUUGUCUAGUACCAACAUCCUGUCCUUUCUGUGAGAACCUUCAGGAGUGUGUCCAUACUGGCUACAGUCCUAUACUAGUUGUGCAAUUGUACCUACUGGGCGCAUAUAGUAGUGGUGUUUCCCAAUUUCGUAUGUGUUAGUGUUAUUAGAAAUUUCUGAAUCAAACAGUUUUGCCAGUGUACUGGAAUGUGUGCGAGCCAAGUCGAAGAAGAAAAGAAAAACCGUUCGUGAUUUGUUAUGAAUAAAAGUACUGCGAGAGUGGUUUAGUGUCAGUGUAGGUAAUUGAUUCAUACAGCGGUGAUCGCACGCAUACAAAGCAUAGCUCAUUCUUCCGGAGCAGCGGCGGCAGCAGUUUUGUGUAUACAUAUUUGCAGUCUAGUUAUGGAUUCAAUAUGGCUGUCGACACACGCAAAGCUCGUGUUGAGGAGCAAUUAAAAAUAAAAAUAGGCGAAGCGAAAAAUCUUGUCGGUCGCAACGGCAACAAUUGCACCGCCUCCUCAUCCGGCUCGAAGGAAAAUCGUGACGUUUACUGUACGGUUGCGCUCGACCAGGAGGAAAUCUGCCGAACGCCGACGAUCGAACGGACGCUGAGUCCAUUUUUCGGCGAGGAGUACCAGUUCGAGAUACCGCGACGGUUCCGUUACCUGUCCGUGUACGUGUGGGACCGGGAUCGGCACCUGAAACAGGAUAAGCCCUAUGGAAAGAUUGCGAUCAAACGGGAGGACCUGCACCAGUAUAACCACAAGGAUCACUGGUUCCCACUCCGGCCCGUCGACGAGGACUCGGAGGUGCAGGGUAUGGCCCACCUCCAGAUCACCGUCGACGACGGAGUGGGGAAUCUGAAGCAGACGCAAGAAUUCGACGAAUUCAACCACUUCCACGUGAACCACUCGACGAACAACAGUUCGUCGUCGUUCGGCAGUGUGCUGAGCAGCAACAGCAGCAGUGAUACGAAGGAAAACUCCGCCGCCCCGGAACAUCUGCAACACCUGAUACAGCAGGUGGUGCACAAUUCUGUGAAUAGUACAAAUUUUAAGUUAGGUUCCGAAAGCAGCGACGGGGUUUUCGGUGGAUACAUCGGAGGGGUUGGAUGCCAGAGGCGAAUCGUCUGCGGCAGCAGCGACUUUGGUAACAACGUACAGCAACAUCCAUUCCGUAAUAUUCUCGAAUGUAGCAGCAGCUCGAGCAGGAGUUCGCGCAUCUCGAUCAAACUGACUGAGUGCAUGGAUCUGGCACGCAAAAAUGGACUCUGUGAUCCGUACGCAAUACUAACUGCUCAUUAUUCGAAUAGAAAGAAAAUAUCGAAACGUACUAAGGGAAGGAAGAAGACGGUCAAUCCGGAAUUCGGAGAAACGGUCAGCUUCGAUCUGUGUGUGGACGCGUGUGGAAGUGACUCAAAAAAUGACAGUAACAAUACCUACACGGUGGUCCCACUCGGGGGCGCGGAUCUGUGUGAGGUUGUGAUUACGUUUUGGCAUGACAGUCCCGGUAUGGGAGACGAUGUGUUCCUCGGUGAAAUCAAACUGCCGGUGCGUGGUAAGCAGCAACUGAACGCCGUGCAGCAAAGCGCUUGGUAUUAUUUGCAACCUCGGACAAGCCAUUCGCGACCAUCGCGCACUUGUGCUACUCCUCCCGGAACCCGGCUCUCUUGUGAUAACUCGCUUGGAUCACUUCGCCUCAAGCUAAACUAUACCGCCGACCACGUGUUCCCGCUGGCAACCUACGAUCAGCUGUUGAACAUUCUGAUUCAAUCAAUCGAUCAAAAACCGAUCACUUCCAGCGCCGUGCACAUCCUCGGUGAAAUCAUUCAAAACAAAACGGAAGUAGCCCAGCCGCUGGUCCGUCUGUUCACCUACACCAAUCUGAUUGCCCCAAUGAUCAAAUCGCUAGCGGACCACGAGAUCUCCAAGCUGACGGAUCCAACGACCAUCUUUCGUGGCAACACUCUGGUGUCCAAAAUGAUGGACGAAGCAAUGCGGCUAUCCGGGCUGCACUACCUGCACAAUACGCUGCGGCCGAUCGUGGCGGAAAUUUUUUCCGACAAAAAACCCUGCGAAAUCGAUCCCGCUCGGGUCAAGGACAAGAGCAUGAUCGACACCAAUCUGAUCAACCUGCAGGAUUACGUCGAAAAGGUGUUCGAAGCGAUCACCAAAAGUGCGGUCAAGUGUCCGGCAGUGCUGUGCCAGAUUUUUCACGAUCUGCGCGAAUGUGCGGCCAAGUACUUCCCGCAGAACAAGGAAGUUCGCUACUCGGUCGUGUCCGGGUUCAUCUUUCUGCGGUUCUUUGCGCCCGCAAUACUGGGCCCGAAGCUGUUCGACCUGACAACGGAACCAGUGGACGAACAAACCACCCGUACUUUGACGCUAAUCUCCAAAACGAUCCAGUCGCUGGGCAACUUGGUCAGUUCCCGAUCGGCCCAGCAACCGUGCAAGGAGCAGUACACCGGCCAACUGUACAAGAAGUUCUGCACCGAGAAGCAUGUCGACGCAAUCAAACACUUCCUGGAGGUGAUCUCCACGGUCGGUGCCAACAUAACCGACUGCGAAUCGACGGUACUGGAGCCGGUGGUUCUGAAAGAGGGGAUGAUGACGAAGCGGGCCCAAGGUCGGAAGCGGUUCGGGCGGCGGAACUUCAAGCAGCGCUACUUUCGGCUUACGACCCAGUCGCUCAGCUACGCCAAGGCGAAGGGAAAGAGACCACUCUGUGAUAUACCGCUGUCGGAGAUUCUGGCCGUCGAACGGCUCACCGAGAGGAGCUUCAAGAUGCAGAACAUCUUUCAGAUUGUGCGCAAGGAUCGGCCACUGUACGUGCAAACAGCUAAUUGCGUCGAGGAGAAGGAGUGGGUCGAUCUGCUGAGCAAAAUUUGCCAGAGUAACAAGGCACGGCUGGAGCAUUUCCAUCCCUGUGCCUAUAUCAACGGCGUGUGGACCUGCUGCAACGUGUCGGACCAGUACGCAGCGGGCUGCGAGGCCGUUUCCCCGAAACCAUUCCAGAUGGAGCAGGCUACGGUGCUGGAUCCGGCCCGGGACCUCCAGCGGUUGCACUCACUCAUCAUCGCGAACUUCGGCAGUCUGGAAGAACUGGACCCGGCCCUGGCGGCGGCCUGCGAGGACCCGACGGCUUCGCGGCGAACCAUCAAGCAGCUGAACGAGAUCGCCAACUCGCUCGAACGGAUCCACCGGAAGUACAAGACUAUACUGGUGCGGGAGAUGCGGUACGGCAGCCGGCAGGCCCCGAUCGGGGACGACAACUAUCUGCACACGUCCCGGCUGAUGGCAGCCGGCGGAAAUCUGGCGGCAACGGCAGUGGCAGCGACCGCUUCCAUCAUGCCGCAGCAUUUCGAACGGUCUCCAAAUCUGUUUCACCGCAACCACCAGCUGCGGUCGUCCGACAACGAGCGUUACUCUCAGUGUUAAGUUGUUUUUUUUUUUUAAUAAUUGUAUGUGUUUUGUAACCUAGAAUUAAUUAAUUUAUUUCUGUUUAACAAAAAAAACAUUUUUCUUGUAUUUACCAUUCUUACAAAGAGCAAACGGAACUUCUCUAUGUAUGUUUACUCCUUCGGUUUCGCAAGCUUUAACCCGACCAGGUUCUUUUUGCAUAUGAAAAGAAACAAAAAAAAUAUUUAACGCGUUACGCACACUUCUUUUGUUUUUUUGUUAGUAAGACGACAAAGCAAGUAAAAUUGUACAGACUUUUGUGAACAAACAUUGCCUUCCGAAGCUUUUGGUAUCAUCUAACACGCACAUAGUUUUUGUUUUUGUUCCAUUUAGAAUGUUUAGUUAGUGAAAAGGAAACAUCCCAUGCGUAAUCUCAUUCGAACAUUCGUCAUAACUGUGUACUAGUUGUAGGAAAAACAAAUACGAAGAGAACAAAAACCUGAGCAAAUCGUCAAGAUAUUUAUGUACUCGUAAUGAAAUCCAACACAAUUGAAGUAUUCCUAAUCUGAGAUAUAGGCUACCUUUCGGGUGGGAUUCGGUUCUGUUUCGUCGAUAUCGAGAACGGUAACAGGAUCCCAGCCGGGCGGCAAGAAGAGGAAAAGCAAUGCUUUGAUUAGAACAUCUGCUGUAGGUACAAUGUUUUAAAUUCGCCGUUCGAGAUUCAAUAUUUGAGUCGAGAGGCGAGCUACAGUAAAAAAAAAAACAGAACAAACUCAAAUGGAAUGUGCGACAGAAAAUUGAAGAAAAAAACACUAGCAAAAACGAAAUGUAAUAUAGACUUACACUACACCUACGCACGCUAUCAAGAGGAAGUUACACUACGCACGCUAUCAAGAGGAAAGAAAAUUUAGAUCAAAAAGUCCACAUCGGACUAUAUUUUAAAACUAUCUGUAAGGUCGCAACAAUGAUUUAUAAAAAUGAGGUAACAGCAUUACUCAUGCGAACCAAAUACUUCAAGCG